AGGAGGAGGAGUAGACAGCAGCAUUUCUGUGAAGCAUUUCACCCAUGAUGCCACAAACAAACUCAUUCUGACACUUGGAAAAGACACUUGCUUGCCUGGACACUUGCUUGCUUUCAUGAUAAUGCUUCCUAAAUGGGAUUAUUAAAGCACUCACCAUCAGAAGACACUGCUUGACUCCACAGCUUCAUGGUUUCUUCAGCGGUUUUGUGUGGACUUCUGUGGAGCGAGAGGCUUCAGUGCACAUUGGUUGAGCAGCAUGUCCCAUGAGGAGUACCAUGAGGAGAUGGACAGUGAGUAAGAGUGUGUCUGCGUGUUGGUCGGUGUGUGUCGUUUAUUUUCUUGCGGUCUCCGUCACCUGCCGCGGCGCAUGCCUCCGGGUCUCCAGCUCCGCAUCCACCUCCACCUCCGGCCGGCAUGCGCGCAGCUACGUGCACCUCCAGGGCGACGUGCGCCAGAGGAGACUCUUCUCCUUUCAGAAGUUCUUCCUUAGGAUCGGGAAGGACGGGAAAGUCAACGGCACCAAGAGCGAAGACGACCCGUACAGUAUAUUGGAGAUCACAUCGGUGGAUGUUGGGGUUGUUGCUAUCAGAGGUCUUGGCAGUAAUCUUUACCUGGCUAUCAGUAAGAAAGGAGAACUGUUUGGAGUGAGAAACUACGGCAUGCAUUGCCGUCUGAAGGAGCGCAUCGAGGAGAACGGCUAUAACACAUACGCAUCCGCCAAGUGGAAGAACAAUAAACGUCAGAUAUUUGUAAGCCUGAGUGCUCACGGACGGCCUCUACGUGGCAGGAAAAACCGCAGGAAGAACACGGCUACUCACUUUUUGCCCAUGGUGGUGUGACGCAGACAAAGAUGGCGGAAAAUACUCUCUGUAGCAGCGUUUGGGAAGGGUUCUGUCUUUCCUUGAUCCUCCAUUGCUCCUUGCACUAUGCACUAUGAACCCUUCAUGCUCAUUCCAGUUGAUAUUACAUGGUAAACAAGCUCAAAAAAGAGGAAAGUUCAUCAAUUUAUUUGCUUUGGGCAUCAUUAAUCUGCAAUUAUGGAUUAUGUGUGCAAGAGUUUCCUUCAAGCUCUCUUUAAUCGAAUCAUAUUUCAGAAAAUGUCGGGUUAGAUUUAUUUUUUUUAAUGGACAUGAUGAACAUAAAGCUGAACGAGAGAGACAGGAAAAAGACAGAAAGAAAGAGAGAGGGAUGUAUAUGGGAAAUUUGUAUCUUUUAAGACCGUUUUGGACUGCUUUAAGAUAAAUAAAUUAUUUAUUUGUAUCGUAUUUAAAUAAAAAAUACUCUAAAAAUGUAUUAAAAAGCAUAUACCAUGGAUAACUUCUAAUUCCUGUGAAAUAAAAUCUAUUUUGUUAUCCUCCUGUA